AUGGCUUAUUCUUCGUUGUCGGCACGCGCUGUGUCGGUUUCUGAUCGAUCAAUAUCGACUCCCGAUCCCCAAAUCGAGACACUUUAUAGUGUCGAUGGCGCCCGCAUCAUAUCUUUUUCAAUACCGUCGCAACCUUCGUCGCGACCGAGCUCGAGUAAUGGACCUGCGAAGGAAAAUACGGAAAUAGGUUCUUCUCUGAGGUGGUCUUCCCCAGGGGAAAGGACAAUCGCCGCUGGCACUUUGCGCAUCUAUAGAGCUCCCGAAUCUGUCGCGUUUUUCAAUUGUCAGAAAGCUUUAAAGCCGAUAUUACCUCGAAGUCAAUGCUGGUUUGUUUCGGACGAUGGAUCUAGCAAAUUCGUGUUGCAAGUACGAAGGCUACAGGAGUACUGGCGAAUCGAGAUAAGCAACACAACUCCCGAAGAAAUUAAGCAAGGAGAGGAACUCAAGAAGAUACUGGCGCAAGUGUUGUUAUAUGAAAAGACUCCUUGUCCGUUCCAAAGAACGUUUUCUGUUGAUCUGCCGAUUGCUCUGCAAAUACCUACCACGCAAAAACCGUGGAAGCCAGUACAAAGAUCGUCAUCUAGAAUUCCUUUACCUCGGGGUGACCUUUAUCCUAUUGCUUUGAAGUCAACCUCGUUGACCUCAAACUCGCCAAAGCUGUCAUGCAGAAGAACCCGCUCUUCUUCCCCACUUCAGACUUCUGCAUUGCAUCGAUCCGCGGCUAGCCCCACAGAGACAUGCAUAUCAGACCUGCAAUUCCAAGAAGAAACGCCAGAAACGUCUGUAGCCAAAUCUACGAAUCCAACAGUACACUCUCCAACAUACCCACUAAAAACUCGUGCAGUCGAACCUCAACCAACAGAAUAUGGUGUAGCCUCAUCAGAAUCUAUACUCACCGUCUUGUCCCGUGUAGAGGUUGGUGAAGGUAGUGAUAGUGACGAAACGUGCGACACUAAUGCUACAGUUAAAGCUCCCGCUCAAUCGCCACGUUCCCAAUCACUUCCUGGCUCCAGAAGUCCCUCACAAGUGUUACAUCACUGUAGUCGAUCAAUCACGGCCCCCCCUGUCCUCUCUCUAGUCACAAGUCCACCUUCAAAGCGUCGAAACAGGCCUCCAGUGAGCAAAAUUGUAGUCGGCGACCCUGAUUCAGAGCUCUCAUCAAGCGUCGAUUCGUUUCACUCUACACAGUCAUGGCACUCUCCACUUGAUGUACCACCGUCACCCCCCCUGUCCGGUCCACCUUCACCUAUCACUUUUCCCUACCCCCACGAUAAUAUUGUCCUUCCAAAGAAAGUACAUCCUACGCAAGCAAUCUCACAGCUUAAUGUAACCCCCGAGACACACGGAGCAUGGCACACACCUUCACUCAUGAGUACAUCUCCUCGAAGUUUGUCACCUGCUCCAAAGACACCGACUUUGGUUAAUGAUUGCGGCAAGUUUGAAGAUGAAGCCUUUGAGGCCAUUACUCCUUCACCACCAAGGUUGAGACAACGUGGUACUACAGGUAGCAACUCACGAAGAAGAACACUAUCGCCUCUCCCUGCUGCAGUAAACCUGUUUUCUCCACCACCGGGAUCACGGCGACUACAAACCGCUCGACAUCUUCCAACAGCCAUCAUCCAAAAGACAUGUGAAAUUCUUUUGAGUCCUCCAAGUCAUUUACUGCAAGUGAUGAUUAACGUUGCAUCUAAAAUCGCAGCGGGUGAAUGGAGAGGGGUGCUACUCGGUGAGGGAGAGGCUGUACAUUGGGAUUUCACCGAAGACGAAUAUCAAGGCGAAAGUUGGACUGAGGAUGACUUUGGAUUUAGUCUUACUCCCGCGCCUUCAAGACGAAGGGAUGUUUCCUCACAAUCUAAGAAGGAUACGACUUCCAGCGAGAGUUGGGAGGUCGAUUAA